CCGCAGCCUGAUUGGGAGGCUGCUGACCCCCCACCCGUCUGGCCGCCCCAGCCUGGAAGAAGUGCUCGGCGACCCCUUCUUCACCCAGCACUUCACCCCAGCCAGGCUCCCCUCGCGGGCUUGUCGUUCUACCCCCCAUUUUUCCUUUCGCCAACCCGCUUGGAAAAUUCUUCCAGAAAGCAGCCAUGCUCCUUUUCCGAGGCUCCCCUUGCCAAGACCCCCAGGCUGUGAGCCCUGCAGCCCAAGAACAGGAGGAGACGCCACAGCCGCAAAGCGUGGGACCUGUUGCCCCUCCCCACUUGGCCCCGAAGGAGGAAGCCAAAGAGGGGAGCAGGGACCCCAUGGAGGACCCCAGCUGCCUCUCCCCACUCUUGCUCCAAAGAGGCUCCCUGCGCAGUCGGCUGCCUGAAGAUGCCACCUGGGGCCCUGGCAGAGUGCUGGAGCGCAUAGACCGAAGGCUGUGCCACUGCUUGCAGACGGCCCCCCUGGUGGAAGAGCUGCCCGAAGGCCUGCGCGGUGCCCAUCCUGCCCACAUGGCUACCAAGUGGGUGGACUACUCCAACAAGUACGGGUUUGGCUACCUGCUCUCCAAUGGCUCAACUGCGGUGCUGCUCCCCGAUGGGACCCACAUGGCCCUUUGCCCCCAGCACCAACGCAUCUGCUACUGCAGUGAGGUGGAGGCGGCCGUGUCCUUUGGGUGGCGAGAGGUGCCACCCUGCUUGGCCCCAAAGAGGCGCAUCCUUCUCUUCUUCACCCAGUACAUGCAGAGGCGGCUGCAGGAGGGGGCCCCAUGCCAGACCAGCCCUGCCAGACCCACCAGGGCCCUCUCCCUCCUGCAGUUUGCAAAGUCUGACCAAGCCCUCCUGAUGCUCUUCAGUGACGCCACCCUGCAGGUGAAUUUCUACCACGACCGCACCAAGAUUGUUCUCAGCUGCUCGGCCGAGGGAGAGGACCUCUUGACCUUCGUGGACCACCAACGUCGCAGCUCCACUUUCCCUCUGGGCACCUUGGCACGGCAGGGCUGGACGCUGCCCCUGCGCGAGCGGGUGCAAUACGCCCGGCACUUGCUGCACUGCCUCUAGCAGCCCCUCCCCCGCCCAACUGGCCAGCCAGAGCCCAUCUACCUGGUGCUGGAGACGGAGCCAGCAGGAGCCCCCUGCCUGCCACCACCUUCGCCGGGGGGGGGGGGGCUGGGUGUCCUGGAGAAGGGUCUUCAUGGCGCCCUUUCCUUCCAGGGGCCCCAGGCAGCACCCACAGGCCUCUCACGACAACCGAAACAGGAGCCCUGCCCCCAAUUCCCAGGGAACAACUCUGGGCAAAAGGGGGGCAGAGGCUGGGUCUCCCUCCUCUGUACCAGCAUCUUCAGCCCAAGGGUCUCCCGGUGGGGAACGGUGCCUUGAUCCCCGGAACAGGCUGGGGGAGGGUGCAGCCCA